AUGGUCAUAUUGACUCUGAUGGGAACGCGCCCAGGAGAGUUUAUUGAAUCGUCAAAUUGGAAGGACACGAAUGAAGGACUACUCUAUCGUGAUGUGAAGUUGCUUAGGUCUUCGGAAGAUAACGGACAGUUUGUACUACACGUACAAUUGCGGAACCGUAAGGGCCACAGGCAUAAUCAAAAGCAAGGCGCACUGAUGCUUCUCACUGAGGAGCCAGGAGAUCGGGCGCUUUGUCCGGUGACUUACUUCCUAGCGCUUGCACUUGCAGAUGGGGUAUUCGAGGGAUGCAAAACACUUUCCGACCUUCGGUCUAAGAAACCGCCACUUGGUAGCUCUUACUGUGAAUUUCCUUACCAUGCUGACGUUGGAUCAACACCAAUCCUACGGAGUUGCCGACCCGACGGAUCGAUUUCUCCGACAAGAAUACUUACUUAUGACGGUUUCCAUGUAAUGAUCCGAAACCUUGGGCAAAGGGCAGGCUACAAGGAUAAACUGACUUCCUACUGCUUUCGCCGUGGGUAUGGAAAUGCGAUUGAUAAAACCGUCACAGCUACACAGAGACGGCAGUUGAUGGGGCAUGCUAAUGAUAACGUCUUUCAAAACUACAUAUCUUCGAUGAUUGGGAUCGAUUCGCAAAGUGUCGUUUUCGGGAGAGAUCAACGCCUUGGGCUUAUUGGUAACCACAGUUCGAUGAUGCUCCACCGCAACCUACUAGCCCCCAUGCCUCCUGGAUCACAACUAGCAGAAACAAAUCCACCAGAUACGAGCCAAAACGACGAUACCGACCUCCCAUACGACAGGCGGAAGUAUCUGAAGAGGAAAGCCUUCCAAGAAGAGCGACGGCAAUUUUUUCAAGGCGAGUCUACUACGACGAGAUCGAUAUCAACCAACGGUAUCCGAACACCCUCCCGAUAUCUCAGAGCAUUAUUCAAAUUCGAGGUAGACCGUCGUAGAGCUGUAAUGCUCAUGUACCCAGAUAUUAGGCUGGAUGACAAUGAGGAAGACCAGGGCAGUGAGGGCCAUGAUUAUGGCAGCUGUGAGGCAAUUGAGAUGACUCAACACUCUCAGAGUGAUGAUUGCGUUUCACUCGAGCAAAUAGUUCAUCCACUUCAAAAUAUUGCCAACGGAAGUAGACUGCGUUUCGCAUACGGUGGUGCGGAAACUAUUGUGAGCGGCUGUUGCAGUUUUUGUGAGAAGAACCUUGACGGCCUCUUAGAUCGGUUUUUGCAAUUUUCCGACGUGUGUGUGCUACACAGACACAUGAAGGCUCAUUUAGUGGACGCUGUCUAUCCACUCGAAUGUCCUCAUACUUCGUGUUCAACCAGCCUACACACCGAAAACCUUUUCUGGGAACACGCAGUGUCUGUUCAUGGGAUACCGCCUUUGCACGCAGCCCAAAUAACCGGUAAGCGCAAAUCGCCAUGCGAAGACGACCCACAGCCAGGGUAG